UGUUGUUGGUGUUCUUGCUCUUUGUUUCGCAGCAGCAGCCACAUCCAGUUUUCGACGCUGUUUUCUCGGUUUUCCUCCAAAACACUCUUCCCCGAGUGACGAAAUCGGUGCCUUUCCCUCGGCCGGCUCUCGGCGCACCCGCUGGCGUUUCCACCGACCUUCCUCGCGGCAAGGUCGCACCGCUCACCCUUCCGGAUCCUUCCUCAGUCCAGGAGGGACCUAACUCGGUGCUCAUCUUGCACUUCCCCGGGCGCUGUAUGUCGGAUUGUGGAGUGAUCCACAUCCCCCCCUCGGCGAGCACGUUGGAGUUGUCGCUGGCCUGCCCCCAGGAGCUGUCCGGAGUCCGGCGCUGCUUCUGGAUCCCGAAGCGCGAGAAGAAGCGGGAGGGGCACUACAGUUGAACGGGAUGCGCGCGUAGUGCGGCGUGCAGGGAGUGCUGGAAGCGACGCGAAGCAGCGAAGAAGGACCUGUUUGACUCGGAGUUGCCGUAACGUUUGAAGAAUGAAGGCUUUUCCCCUUUUGGUGAAGUGUCACCAAGAUCUCAAGAUUAGCUGAUAGUUUCCUUGUCUGGAGCACUACUUAGGCCAUAAGAAGGGCCGAGGCCUUGUGACUUUGACUGUGGGAGGGGGCCCAUCAGCAGGGGAGAAGACUUACUUUAGCAAAAAAGGUCGCUAAACUGUUGCCAAUCACCUCGUCCAAGGUGAUGGUUAUGUUACGUACUCGUCGUUACUACUGCCAGCAAAGCAACAGCGCCAGUAACUGUGAUCCGCCAGACCUGUUAGCUCUUCGUGAGAGGAACCAGCACUGCCGCUGGCGGUGUAGACAACGUCUCCACAAGUUGCAUCCAUUGCUGGCUCUCAGUGCCAAGGAAGUGACUGUUCUCGAGAGAUUUCAGAGCGGAGUGGUGCUUUAGCCCCCCCUGCUCCUCUCAGCAGGAAAAUAGCGCCCCAGGGCACAGUGAUAUUUUGUACGGGUAAUGGGCUGAGUCCACAACAACAAGCAAGAGGUAUUAAUUUCAGUGUGUGUGUACGAACAAAAACGAGGACGGGGAAAGGAAGAAACUCCCGGAAGGGAGGAGGAUUUUUCGUCUGUAAAAGCAGCCUUGAAAUGGUCUGGAUGGAAAAGCGUGCAAGGGCAGUGUUGGUGCAGCAGUUCUUCCGCCCCUCACCAGAACAGCGGUCUAAAGCAUAAGCCGUGAGGCCAUGCUCUAGAGCAUUGCCCUUGCGCUUGCUGGGAGGUUGGAGGAAUGGAAGUGCAUUUAACCCUGAACGGCGCGGAGGAGCUCAUGGACUUACCGCUGGAGGCUGGCCUGGAGCCUCCCUCAUGGUCUCCGAGUGAAUCACACUCACCAAACUCUGACAUUCUUGAGGAGUUGCAUCCUUGGGCAGGAGAAGUUAAGUUCUCUUUUGGCGACAUUAAGGCUAAGAACAUAUUCGAGGGCGUGCCAUUGGGACUGCCACUCCCAGUUUCAGCUAACUUAGAUUAUACGAUGGUUGGCACUCGUAAGCGUAAGGGUUGGGAUGACGACAACAGUGAUUCUAGUGAGCCACCUAGCUCCAAAAUCAGUCGUGACCAGCUGCUGCUUUCCGACUGCCUUGAUAAUAUAAACACUGACACCUCUGAUCUGACUUCCGUUGACAAUGCUCUCAUGCGUGACCACAAGAGAGAUACAGGUUCAACCCUGAGUCGUUCUUCGUGGCCCAUGAGAGACCUGGGUGAUAAUUUGACGGCAGAUCUAGAUGGCUUAGGUGUUGACACAUAUAACAUAAGUGAGGCUUUCCUAAGCCUUCCCAGUCUUACUGUUUUUAAACAGGAGGCACCCUCCCCCUCUCCCAAUGAAAAUGGAGUGGCUCACAGUAUGUCCCCCCUGUCGCUCAGCGCCAACCUGGUGGAUCCAGAGCCUACUGUCAGCACCAAACCUAUCCCCUCUCCCCUGCACCACUUGUUGCAGGCUUCACCCGCAUUGUCUGGGUCGCAACUAUCUCCCAAUCAGGAAUGCACCCCUGGCGGCACUGGAGUGCCCUCAAGCAAUGCUGUUGUGGCGGAGGCUUUCUUCCAAAGCAAUCAGGGUGAACAUUCCCUUCCAAUUGGAGAUUGCAGAUUUCAGUAUGUGCUGGCUGCAGCCACAUCUAUUGCCACAAAGGUAACGGAAGAGACUCUUACUUACCUGAACCAAGGCCAGUCUUAUGAAAUCAAGCUCAAGAAGCUCGGAGACCUCUCUAACUAUCGCGGUAGAGUCCUCAAGAGUGUAAUCCGGAUCUGCUUCCAUGAUCGGCGUUUGCAAUACAUGGAGCGUGAGCAGAUUACAGCGUGGCAGGCUUCCCGCCCUGGAGAGCGCAUAGUGGAAGUUGAUGUACCCCUCUCUUAUGGAGCAUUUGAUAUUUCCCAAGAUUCAUCUCAACUCAACACAGUGGAAUUCCUGUGGGAUGCCACAAAGGAAGUUGGAGUGUACAUCAAGGUGAAUUGCAUCAGUACAGAAUUCACUCCAAAGAAACAUGGUGGUGAGAAAGGCGUUCCAUUUCGCAUUCAAAUUGAGACAUUCCUUCAUGGUGACACUGCUCCAAAGCGUCUCCACGCGGCAGCCUGCCAGAUUAAAGUGUUCAAGCUCAAGGGAGCAGAUCGCAAACACAAGCAAGACCGUGAAAAGAUCAUGAAGCGCCCCAUGCAAGAACAGGACAAAUUUCAACCAUCUUAUGACUGCACAGUACUCACUGAUAUUUCCAACGAAGCAGUGGCCCCUCCCAUGAGCACAGCUGUUUCCCCUAUUGUCACCACCCCGGGACAAGGCAUAUCGGAACUAGGGGUCAGUUGUGGACCUCCAUUGAACACCCCUCCCAUAAGCUCUGGCACUGUGCCAAAGGAAGAACCAAGUCACACUUUGGGAGACAGCUCGCAAGGACUUCCUACUGGACUUCACGUUCAAACACCUGGUGGAAUUGACCCAUCAGUCAAUGUGCUCAGUACAUCUGCAUAUUGUGAACCACUUACGACUACCGCUACAGAUCAGCAGACAUCUCAGUGGUUGCAGAAACACAGAUUUGGAGCGCAUUUGAGGACUUUCAACAGUUUCUGCGGAGCUGACCUCUUGCGUCUUACUAGAGAUGACCUCAUUCAGAUUUGUGGUUUGGCGGAUGGUAUUCGUCUCUUCAAUGCACUUCACUCAAAGAGUCUCACACCAGCACUGACCAUUUAUUUGACUCAUGCCUCAUUGGUGGAUGAUUCCAAAGGCAGUGUUUUUCGUGCUCUGUAUUUGAAUUCCCUUACCUGUGGAGAACUGAGUAUGCGUCUAGCAGCUCAUGUUGGUUUAUCCCCCAAUCAAAUUGCUGAUAUUUUCAUCGAAGGUCCUGGAGGCAUUCGAGUGCUGAUAACAAACGAAGUUGUUCAACACAUGAAAAAUGAGGGCCUGUUUGCUGUGGAACUGUGCCAAGAGCACAAUACAGAACGCUUCUGUUUGCUGCUGAAACCCACCACAAAGUAAGAUCAAGAAUCCAGCAGGUCAUGUUGACUACACCAAGAAUCUUUUGGUGAUUUUUUUGUCAAGUUGUGCAACUAAUUAGUUUUUGACUCAAAUUUCACCUUAAGUAAUUGAUAACUAUAAAAUUUUAUGUCAAUGUAUCUUAUAUAUACCUCAGUCUGCUCCACUGAGAGUACUGUUUGAAUGUUUUAUUGAAAUGAGCGUUUUUUUCAAAGGUUGUCAGUUGAAUCUUGAUGGCGGUGCUUUAAUUGUUUUAUUGACCUGGAGUGGUUUUCCUAUUAGGUGAGAAAUGGAGGCAUUACCUGAGCGUGAAUGAAAGUGGAAAAGUUACAUUUUAUCUAAGAAUUGUGGCGCAUAUUCUUUGUGGAAGGACAGAACAAGUUCAAACACCCAAACUGAAUUUAAUUCCUCUUUGCUUGUUUCAUUAUACAUUCCUAGAAAUAUAUGUAGUAUAUUUAAUCACGUAUCAUUAAAAUAUUCUUUACUCUCUCAUAAGUGUGUUCUACAUUUUACUCAAUGUAGUAGGAGAUGAGAUUUCAAUGAUCGUUAGUUUUUGAAAAGUGUCGUGAGAGUGGUUUUUUAAAAAAUAUUUUAUUAAUUUAUUAUGUUUUGUAGUUGCUUUAUCCUUGGGAGUCUCAAUGAAAUUGAAUGUAACCAGAAGUUACAAAGGAAAACGAAGCUGAAGUUGGAUGCUAAAGUAGUAGGAUUAUUUUAUGAUAUGCAGCCAUCAAUGCUAGUGAUCAUGUCAUUAUGUAGUAAGUUUUAUAUUCUGUAAUUUACAUUUAUCUCUUUUAGUGAACAGUAUUUUCUGCUAUCUAGACUCUGCAUAAUGCUUGAUUUGGUUCUUCACCCAACAAGCUUGCAUUUUAAGGCUCAAUUAUUUAGAUCACAGUGUGAGCAUUGGUAAUGGUUGUUUGUGACAUAAAAACCUGAAAUCUCUGCUCUGCUUGAUAUUUGCUGUCUUGUGUUUAUAUUCAUAGUAGUUUUACUGGUUCAAGUUUGCAUUGCUGGUAGCACAAGUGUGAUGAUGUUUUAUCGAUUUAUUUCCAGUCAACAGUGUUAUUUCUUGAUUGCAUUUGUUUAUGAAGCUUUCAUUUUCUUAUAUUAGGACUUAGGGCAUUGAAUCCCUCAUAUUGAGGAUUAGUCAAACCUGAUGGGUUUGUGCUCACUGCAAUGAACUAUUGUAUCAAGCUUGUCAUUACCAGUUAAGUCGUAAUAGUAUGCACAAGCUCAGUCAAUGCUUAUUUUUCAGAUGAUUCUAGUUCAAUGAAAAUACCAUUUAGUGACAAUAAAUCUCACUUCUGCUUUGCUUGUUAGAGAGUAUUUGAUUUAUUUCACAGCAUUGGGGUUCCAAUGACACUCUAUCUUGUAAUAAGUAUAAAUUACCUGUUUUAAAUGUUUGCUAGUAUAUUUACUCUUAACUUUCAGUGAUUAGUACUUUUCAAACGAAAGUCCUACCGGCUACUGUCUAUGGUCUCUCACUUCUACAGCUCUGCAUGUUGCUCAAUAGUGUUUUCCAUCUUUUUUCCUUGGUUAAUAAAUCAGACUGAUUUUAUCAGUGCCUUAACCAUAUAAUCUGUUUAGAAAUUGUAGACAUUGCGGGCAUGUAUUAGUAGUACGUAUUCAAGAAAUUUUACUGUAGUAAAAUAAUCAUCUUGUAGCUAUGGUACUUUAUAUUCCUGAAAGUAAUCUAUAAUAUAUAAUUGGGAUCUAGCUAACAGUUUUGUUGUUUUGAAGAGCAGCUUUGUUUUAUGUUUGGUUUUUUUAAUGUUCUUAUUCUUUUUCGGUCAUUUCAUUCAACUUUGCCAUUUUAUUUAGUACACUUUAAUUGGCCUCAGUAUGAGAAAAAUCAUAAAAGCAGUCUAGCCUGCUCAAUACCAAAAAGGAAUGAUUGAAAGUGGAAGGAUACAUCUGAGUUAGUAUGUAGAGUAAAUUGUGUCGAAGACUGAGCAUAAUUUCACUUAGUGAAAGGAAGAGAGGCAAAUUAUUUGAAGAUUUCCAUGUGGGGUAUUAUGUGAUACGUUAAGACAGUGUGCUUUCUUUUAUUUUCAAACGAUGAGAGGCUACAUAUGAUGCUUUACAUCCAUAGUGCAGCUCAUUUUUAAACAGCCAUUUUAAAACUGUCCAAAUUUUUUGAGUUAACCUUUACAGUAACUGUGUAGGAUUGAAAUACAAGAAUCCCUCAACCGGAAUAUUUCUUGCCAAAUUCAAGGCUUAUUUUAUUAUCUUGCAAGUUGCAUUCAAGCUGCAUUUCUGUCCAGUAAAUUUUCACUUUUCUGUCAAUUUUGAGUGCCUAGGUAUAUAGAACUGACACCUUCAGUAUUUUGCACUUCGUUAAGCCUGGAUUCCUUUGUAGUUAUGUGUUUUGUAUAAAAGCUUUGUUAACAUCAUCGCGCAAAGGCAUUUUGUUUUAGAUCUAGAAUUAAAGUGUUGUCAAAAGGAUAGAAAUCUGUUUGGUGUCAAGGUUAAAAUAAACUAUAUUUGAUUUCAA